UCACUCCACUUCAACUCCGCAGAAGAAGAAGAGGAGGCGGAAGUAGCGGCAGCAGCGUCUGUUAGCUUCGUGCUAACUGCAGCGACCCAGAGGCAUGUCUACGGCCUCCAAGGUGGUUCUGACGGUUUCUGUGGUUCUGACUGUCAGCUCGGUGGCCGGGGUCCACCUCAAGCAGGCCUGGGACCGGGAGCGUCUGCGUGAGGGCGUCCUACGGGAUCUGGACCGGCUGCAGCGGAAGCAGCAGAACCUGCUGGAGGAGCAGAAGGUUCUGACCCGGCAGCUGGAGGAGGAGAGGCGGGGCCAGGAGGCCAGGCUCCGCCCACAGGACACCUGAGUCAG